AACACAUCAGAAUAUUUCUUUGUCUCGUCGCACUUGCGAAUUUUGAAAAGUGCACUGGAUAAUACGCUGUUUUAACAGUCUUGAAAGGAUUAUUGGGCUUUUUGCGACUCUAAGUUUUCAAGAUCCCAACUAAUUAAUAUUCAUGAAAAAAUUGGGACCACAGAAAAAAGUCCGGAUAAUCAAAUAGUCCGGAUAAUCCAGGUUCGACUGUAUGCAUCAUUGUCAAGUUUGCUAGAGUUGUUGUUAGUAAUGACCAAAUAGUGACUUGGGGCGAAGGGUUCGAAUCACGUCGAAGCCUAAAAAUUUAUCAUAAGGCUUAUUUUCUACAAUUUCCCUCACUGUAGCUCCCCUGUGGAAAUAGUUUCUUUUUUUGAUUUGUAAUUGGUGUCCAUCCAACACUUUCUCCGCUUUUUAUCAAACUUUUUAGAUAUGGACGAGUGUACCAGCAAUAUCCAUGGAUGUCAUUAUAAUGCAAGUUGCAAUAACACAGACGGGUCUUACACUUGCAAAUGCAAAGCAGGAUUCAAUUGCACAUUCAAAGCCAUGUUCACAAAUCUCAAUGCCACUGGAAGAUUUGGACCAACAUCGCUUGGUAGUUACUAUACGGAUCAGGAUCAUGACGGACAAGUUACACUGUCCAGCGGUAUUCAGCUGUGGACUGUGCCGUACACUGGUGACUACAGAAUAGAAGCAAUAGGAGCAGCAGGUGGAUACGAUAGAUACACUAACAGCUCUCAGUACCGCGGAAGAGGAGCAAAAAUGACUGGAACGUUCCGCUUAAACAAGAAUGAAAUCAUUCAGAUACUUGUUGGUCAAGAAGGAGGAAUAAACACGCGCUAUUACUCUUCUGGAGGUGGUGGAGGUACGUUUGUGGUGAGAGGAGCCAACACAGCUUUGAUAAUAGCUGGAGGCGGAGGAGGGGUAAAUAUAGUUGCGUCGAGACAUGAAGGAUGUGACGCCAGUACGAACAUAACGGGGAAUCCUGGGCACAAAUCAUGGUCUGGGGGGAGCAAUGGACUUGGUGCACAGAUUGCUAAUGAUUAUGUUUCAGGUGGUGGCGGUGGCGGGCUUUACUCCAGUGGAAGAAGUGGACAGAAUUUUAAUGGAACCAAAGGUUAUGGUGGAGAGGGUGGUAAGGGAUUCCUUCAGGGAGGGGUGGGUGGAAGAUCACGAUAUAGAAAUUCACCUAUCGAUGGUGGGUUUGGUGGAGGAGGUGGAGGUUAUGAAUGGUAUCGGUAUCGGUAUUGGUAUAGAAGAGGAGGAGGAGGAGGAGGAGGAGGAGGGUACUCAGGGGGAAGCAGUGGAAGAUAUGUGCGCGAUUCCUGUGGGGGUGGUGGUGGAUCCUUCAAUGUUGGAAAAAAUCAGCAGAAUGAAUGUUGCUACAACACAGCUGGUCAUGGUCAGGUGACCAUCACAUUGUUGUAAAUUACAUAACCAUCUUGAACACUUGUCAUCAAAUGCAACAAUAAUAUAAUGUCGGUAAAAAUUAAAUAAGAGGUCAGCAGUGGGUAAUGAAAUAGAAGACUAGUUUUACAAAAUAAUUUUUCUUUAGAAAAGUUUGAUGAGCAGUUUCACUAGAUUUUCGUUCAUUUCUUGUAUUUAGUACUCGAAUAAGGCUUCUGUAUAUAAGCGACUUAUUCCACUGAAGCGCAAUUAUUUCCAUACCAAAGAGAGAGCUUUGCUCUCAUUAAAGAGAGACAAAGGAAUAGGAGACCUGUCAUAAACAUUAUGUUAACAAAGCUAUGUUCAGCGUGGGCCCAGGCAAGGAAGGGGGAACUGGGCUUAGAACAUCUUCUCACGUGAUUUCAAAAGGCUCAAUCCUGCCUUUGUAAACGGUUUUUCCUACCAGAGGAAAGAAUUGUCCCAUCCUCUCCCCCUUUAAAAAAGGGAAGAUAGCCAAUUCUCAUGAAGUUGAUCCUUCUUAGGAUCAUUUUGUACAUUUAACGUAUUUGACAUUAUUUUGGUAGCCGUAAAAGUUUUGGAUUAAGUCUUUUAGGUAAUAAAGUACAGCUCAUUUGAUUAUGACAGUUGUAUAAAGCUGUUAUUGCAUUGUAAGUGAUAGUGGAAACUUAGAGCCAAGCUAUCAAUAAAACAAACAUUAGAAACAAAUUCAUCGGGGGGAGAGGGUGGGGAGGGACUCGCCAACCCUUCCCGACUCCUCUUUUUUCAAGGUCUGACUGACCACUAAAAAACACUUUUUGCUGAACAAGAGUUUCUCAUUAGUGGCUCAAAUAAAUUUUUUCAGCAAAGCUUUCGAAGGUUGAUAAUGGACAGAAUUCAUUUCAUUGGAAGCGAUGAAUUUACAGAUUUUUUUAUGUAAUAUGUUUUUAGUCCUAAGCAGGAGUUAGGAGAUUAAAAAGUAAUAAA